AUGCCCACCACCUUGGGCAUUGGCAGCUGGAUGACUGGACUGCCUGCUGGUACCACCACCACCACCACCACCACCACCAGUAGGCCGGAGCUGGAGCCGGAAAGAAGAACAGGGGUGAGACCUGGAAUGGCAUGGGUGGAAACUCUGCAGGUGUGGGUACAACCAAGGACGAGACAUUCAUUGAAGGCACAAACAUCAACUUGGGAAGCAAUUGUGCGAGUUAUGCUCAACUGGGGGAGACAAGAGGCAACGAGACAAGCGCAGGCUCCCCUCAACCAUUGUCAAGUACUCAAGUACCUGCGUAAGCUGCAAAAGCAAAUGCUCUCCGACCAACCUGAGGACGGAGUGAGAAAGAGGAGAGUCGGAAACUAUGCACCACGAAAAUCCUGCAAUGCCCUACACGACAAAGUACAUUUCCAGCGGUUCAGCUCAUUAACAGUCUGUUGUAACCAUGAUUUGCGAUUUGCUGCGGUCGCAAGUAAUCGAGAUGGAGCUCCAUCGAAGCAAGAUGGUUCGCCGGUGUAG